AUGUCGUCCGACGCCGGUCAGAUGAUUGAAUACAUCCAAGAUCGCCUUUACCUGGCAUCCUAUGACUCGACUCCGAGUUCUAGAACUCCUUUCCCCUUUGCGCAGGACAUACCCAAGUCUCCAUCCAAGCGAUCCGCGCGGCCCACUAUGACGUCCCAUAGCAAGCGCCGGUCUCCUGUGUAUUUCACCGUCGAUGAUACUCUCCUCUACAAUGCUUUCCACGCUGAUUUCGGUCCUCUCCACAUUGGUCACUUGUAUCGCUUCGCAGUUCUUUUUCAUGAGAUAUUGGGUGAUUCUGCAAACAGUGAGCGACCGGUUGUCUUCUACAGCAAGACUGAUGCCCGAAGCCGCGCAAACGCCGCUUGCCUAGUAGCCUGCUACAUGGUUCUGAUUCAAUCGUGGCCCCCUCAUUUGGCGUUGGCACCAAUCGCACAGGCUGAUCCCCCAUAUAUGCCUUUCCGCGAUGCUGGAUACAGCCAGGCCGAUUUCAUUUUGAACAUCCAGGAUGUGGUGUAUGGUGUAUGGAAGGCCAAAGAGCAGGGAUUGUGCGGACUGCGUGACUUCAAUCUCGAAGAAUAUGAAAAAUUUGAGCGAGUUGAUAUGGGUGACUUCAACUGGGUGACUCAAAACUUCCUCGCGUUCGCCUCUCCGCAACAUCAGCCCGUUGCACCCAUCCCCAUGAAUACACCCGAAUAUGACGCGCUUCCAUCCAGUAUUUCAGAAAUCUGCUCUUCCAAACUUCCGCUCGCAUUCAAGAAUGUUCUGGUCCACUUUAAAUCUCGAAAUGUUGGCUUGGUUGUGCGAUUGAACUCGGAACUUUACAGCCCAUCUUACUUCACAGCGAUGGGAAUCCAACACAUUGACAUGAUCUUCGAGGAUGGCACCUGUCCUCCCCUCCAGCUUGUGCGCAAGUUUAUCAAGCUUGCUCAUGAUAUGAUCACAAUAAAGAACAAGGGAAUUGCUGUGCACUGUAAGGCAGGCCUCGGUCGGACAGGCUGCCUGAUUGGCGCCUAUCUUAUCUACCGCUACGGCUUUACUGCCAAUGAAGUCAUUUCCUUCAUGCGGUUCAUGCGCCCUGGUAUGGUCGUGGGUCCCCAACAGCACUGGCUUCACCUGAACCAGGGCUCUUUCCGCGAGUGGUGGUUUGAGGAUAGCAUGCGGGAGAAACUUGCUCAGGCUGCCCCCGUUACCCCAGCCCGUCACUCGACCAAAAAGCGCUCCAGUAACGGACCGAUCUCUACCCCUCCCAAUAACAGUCACUCCAAACGUGCUGCCCUUGGUGAGAUCGACAACAACACCGAUACUCAUGCCAACCAACACGAGGAAAACCUUCCUGCCCCCACCCCGGGUCAGCCUCGCAAAUCACACCGAAAGGAUUCACGUCACCAUCCCUAUGCUCGGACUGCAUCAGGUGGUCUUGCGGUGGACCAUGACGCUAAAAAUGGAGAGCAGCGUAGCCAACGCGGUCACCGGCUAAGCAAUGACAGCAGUGAGAGUGAAGAAGAGGCUCAGCUUCGCAUGCUGGCCAAGCGGUCAUCCAAGUCACCUGCGGCAGCAUCGACUACCCGGUCUGUUAGCUACUCGGCAACAGUCACUGCCAGCUACACUUUGACUGAUGAUGCUAACGAGGAUCAAGAGAACUGGGUCGAGCACGCAGGUCCUAAGACUCCUUCCAGUCGUAAGAAUACUAGCACCCCUAUCCCAGUUACCAAGGUCCGUUCUAGUCCCCGGCGGGCAACAACCGACAGCAAGAAGGUUGAGCCUCGAGGAGUUCGAAAGACUAGUGCUCGAGUUGGAAGCACAUCGAGCCCCGCUCGUGCCAUCCGAGCUGGCCAGUAA